CAGAGUGAGCGUCUCUCUCACUCUCCCCAGUCGUUAAGUCAGAGAGCAGAGGAGGAAGGGAAGGCAGAGAGUCCAGGGGAGGUCUGACGACACCAUCUCAGCUCGCCCGGCACCUAUUUUAAAUGCACAGAUUGAUCAAUGCAAGCACACAGUCUGGCUUUGAUUUCCUGGAGACUCUUCAAGAUUUAUAACAGAGCUGUCACACUGCAAGACAUGCGUGGAACUUUCCCGAGCAGGAUGAAAACUUAAUAUACAUUUCCACGGUGAGAGAAGCAGUAGCUUUCAAUGCUGGAGGUCCAAUUUAAGGAUGGAUGACACAGGCUAACAAUGUUCCUCACUACCUUCUGAUCCAGUUUUUAAAGGAACAUCCAGCUAAACAAAGAAGAUAAAGUAACUGAAUUCACCUGCAACCUUUACCCCAGGCUGAUAUGAUGCUGUGGUACAACUUUGGCCGGCACUUAAUCUCGCUGGGUGCAUUUCUGGUGAUUGUGAGCUGCGGAGGAGGGGAGCAGCGGAGAGGGCUGGAAAGCAGCAGCACAGGUGGCAGCAGCAGUAGCAGCAGUAGUAGCAGUAGCAGCAGUAGUGGAGGAAGUAGUAACAGUAAUUACAGCAACAGGAAACUUCAUAAGAUCCAGCAUGGCCAGUGCACGUAUACGUUCAUCCUACCUGAGGGAGACGGAGCCAGAGGAGGCGCAUGCAGGGAGGCGAAAGCCGGUAGCCCACAGCAAAACUCUCUCCAACGAGACGCUCCGCCAACUGAGCCAGAGUUUCCCAGCCAGAAGAUCCAGCAGCUCGAGAACAUAAUGGCAAAUUACACCCAGUGGCUCCAGAAGAUUGAGAACUACAUCAAAGAGAGCAUGAAGGCCGAGAUGGCUCAACUGCAGCAGAGCGCCGUCCACAACCACACUGCAGCCAUGUUGGAAAUGGGAACCAACCUUCUAUCUCAGACGGCUGAACAGACACGCAAGCUGACUGACGUUGAGACGCAGGUUUUGAAUCAGACAUCGAGGCUCGAGAUCCAGCUGCUGGAAAAUUCUCUUUCCACUAACAAGUUGGAGAAAGAGUUAAUGCUCCAGACCAAUGAGAUCAGCAAGCUGCAUGACAAGAACAGCCUCUUGGAGCAGAAGAUGUCAGAGAUGGAGAUGCGACACAGGGAAGAGCUGGAUACCCUGAAGCAGGAGAAGGGGAGUCUCCAGGUCCUGGUGGGGAGGCAGAGCGGGGUUAUCGGGGAACUAGAAGCCCAACUAAACCGGGCCGCAGGAAAUGGCACGGCCCUGCAGAGACAGCAGCAGGAGAUGAUGGAUACCGUCCAUAACCUGCUCAACCUCUGCUCCAAAGAUGGAGUUGUGCCUAAUAGCACAAAGGUCGCUGAAGAGGAGAAGAAGUUUCGCGACUGUGCCGACCUCUACAAGGCUGGCUUCCAUAAGAACGGAGUCUACACCAUCCAGAUCAACCCUCAGGACACCAAAAAGGUGUAUUGCAACAUGGAAACAGCUGGUGGUGGAUGGACGGUCAUCCAGCGCAGAGAAGACGGCAGUGUGGACUUCCAGAGAACGUGGAAGGAGUACAAAAUGGGCUUUGGAAGCUUGUCUGCAGAGCACUGGUUGGGGAAUGAGUAUGUUUACCAGUUGACCCGCCAGAGGCACUAUGCCCUCCGUGUUGAACUAACGGGUUGGGAGACGGACGGAAGCCAGGCCUUCUCACUAUAUGACCGCUUCCAAAUCGGCAGUGAGAAACAAAACUACAGGCUGUUUUUGAAGAGCCACAGUGGGACAGCAGGCAGACAGAGCAGCCUGGUGAUCCACGGAGCAGACUUCAGUACCAAGGACAUGGACAAUGACAACUGCAUGUGCAAGUGUGCUCUCAUGCUCACUGGUGGGUGGUGGUUUGAUGCCUGUGGCCCGUCCAACCUUAACGGCAUGUACUUCACCCAAGGGCAACACAUAGGGAAGUUGAACGGUAUCAAGUGGCACUACUUCAAGGGCCCCAGCUACUCGCUACGAGCCACGGCCAUGAUGAUCCGCCCCCUGGACUUCUCCUAGUCUUUUGAACUUUUACCUUCCAAACGACUAUGUAGCACAUUACAGGGACGCUUCCUAUUUUAUCCUCUUGUCUCAUCUCAUUUCGCUGGCUAUGGUAGCCAUCAAAUAAAUCUUUUUUGAUUCAACCUGGUCCAUCCCCAAAGCAGCAACCAUUGCUGUGUUGCUGUUGCCUGCUCACCUUUCCCCUCCAUGAACUGAAAGUCAGCCACGAGGAGAAAGUAAGGCAUGUUUCACACGAACUGGUCUCUGUUUCCAUGCAGAUUCAUAAUCUGGACAAAAAUAGAUCCAGGUGGGAUAUCUCACGUGAGAUUUGUGCAGAUUUUGAGCACAAUGCAUGGUGUCAAACUAAAUAUUUUUUGCAUUCUGCUUUUGGACCUGCGGCUGUAAUAAUACUGAGGACUGAACUCUUCUGAAUGGAAAGCAGCACUGACUCUGCAGGGCAGAACUUAUCUGGAUGAGAGAUAUUGCUUUUUUAUUAAAAAAAAAAAAAGUUGCUCACAGAGCACAGCCCAUAAAUAUUACCCUUGUAUUAUAUAUUGUGUUUUUAGUAUAUUUGUUAUCCCAACUUUAGACGGCAUAUAAAGGGAAAUGGAAUUGUCUUUUGUACUGUACAGUGUAUACUGAAUUUCUAUCUUUAUUGUGUAUAAAACACUUAGUGUUUAAGGUGACAUUGAAAUUCUAAUAAUGGCUUUUUAAUAGUUACCAAUGUCACUUUCAGUAUUUGCUGGCAAUUACACACGAGCUGUUUCGACAUAGUGUGUUGAUUUGUAGAGUUAAUAUGCUGGGUUAUUAUUGGACUGAGAUCUAUUUGCCUUUUUUAUUUUGCUGAGAAACUAUUAAUACCUGCCAACUUUCAGAUCAUGAACGAUCACCUUUCUUCUGCUGAAUAUGAAAAACAAGCUCAUUAAUACAAAUGCACAUUAUUAGGAUGUAUAACAAUUAUAGCUGUGUGCAGAUGAAGAGGGGGGGAGGAUGGACGUUGCAUGAACAACAUUUAAUACACAGAUAUACAGAAUACUCCUUAGUGUAAUGAUGAAGUACUACAUCAUUACUCCUCUAUAUUUACAACGAUGUAAAUGCUUAUAUUAAGCUGGUGUCCCACAUGUACAGAAAGAAUGAGGUGGAAGUUCAUAUUAAUCAAUCUUAUUUCUUACAUUAUGGAACGUUGUUAAGAUUAUAAAGACUGUUCCUAACCUCUCAGCCUAAGACAAAGAGCAGAUCUUUAACACAAGUCGCAUCCAAGAAGUUUUUCACAGACUACACAUGACACAGCCUCAGCCAAUUUCUGUUUCCCAUCAAAGCAGCUUUGGAGGAAAAUAAAAGCAGCUGUUAUAGGAUGUGAAGCAUGAAAUUAAUGAUUCCAACAAGUACUUUGAAAACAUAUUUCAUUUUUUGCUUCAGAAUCUACUGUGGAGCAUUCACUAAAGGUACAUGUGGCGAGAAGUGAGUGUAUCUGGAACUUGUACAACAACAACUGACAUGUUUAGUAGCAUAACAAUUGCAUAAUUUAAUGUGUGUGUACACAAAGCAGCUUUCUUGAGGAAGGCUAUUCUUUAUUUUCUGUUUAUCUGCCAGUAGUACAAUGGUGUUUUGAAGUUGAGCAUAAAACAUAGACACUAGGAUCAUAGCCCUGGAGAAAUGUGCCUUUGAUAACUCUGCUUUACCUCAUCGAAUUCCAGAUUUGCAGAUUUAUUUAAACAUCUUUUGUAACAUGUGGACAAUUUUGUGUUGCUAGAUUAAAUAAAAGAGAAAAUGUUUUCAUAAGGUGUUUAGGCUGCACUUUUUGUGCCAAAUUGAUUAAUGAUAGAUUGGUUUAAAAUUAGGGUUGCAAGCUUGCUUUCAAAAAAAAAUAAUCUUAAAGUAUAAAUCUCCUGAGACAAAGCUACACUGUCCGAUAUAUUGAUAUGCAUGAAUACAGCAGUAUCAGCCUAUAAAUUAUGUUUGUCAAAUCAUAAUUUGGCAAAAGUGCUGUUUUGGUUUCAAAGAGGUACUUUAUUCAUCCUACUUUGGGAACAAAUCAGAUGUGUCAAACAUUAAACCCCCUCUCUGUCCAGGAAGUGAAUGAACUAUUGUCUCAAAUGAUGACUCUCUUGAUAGCUUGGGGCGAAGACAGAUUGCCAAAGUGUCAAAUGAUGCUGUCGGGACCCUUAGUGUCUCCUCAUAGUUGACAUUCCUGGGCCUAAUCAGAGGUUAAACAAAUUACUGCAGCCAGCAAUCCACUGCGCGUCCUUCAGCGCCUGCACUGACCCGACACCCUCACUGGAAUGUGUUCAAUAGAGCGUCUGGAGCAGAGUGUGAAGAGAGUCCGCACACGCUGGCAAACACCUAUAUGGGUCUUAAGCUGUGUCCUUUGUUGGUGUGAGGACAGAAGAAACAGAGAACCACUUCUGAACCAAGGGAAGUUUGUCUCCGGUGGAUAUUUAUGAUGUCAAAGAGGCGUUUCACUUGUCAACUCCACAUAUGCACGUUCACACACACACACACACACACACACACACACACACACACACACAUGACCACGGCCUGGCUGCUCUGCUGAGUGCGGAUCCUUUCCUGUUAGCUGAGGAAGAGGAGAGGGCUGCAGAGGCGAUGGGACUCCCUGAGGGUCUGAGCUACAUACGGACGGACAGCGCUGGACCUCAACCAAAUCAGAUAUGACAGAGUACAAUACCUGCAGUAAGAAUGCUCAGGGCCCUGGAUCCCCUAAAGAGACCACUUACUCACAUGGAAAUGAAUAAAAACAUUAAAGAUACAUGGACAAAGGAAGUGAAAGUAAAAAUAGAUCAUAUAUCUUUUGCUCAUCUGCUUCGUAUCAGAUUUGAUCAUAAGCUGCUUUAAGAAUGUGCCUCUAACUCUAGUAUUAUUAAUCUAGCACGAAAUGUUUUGCAUCAGUACAAACCAUUAUGAGCAACAGAUGACAUUGUUGGACUUAAAAAGUGAAGGCACAAAACAAUAAUCAGUUUUGAUGACCAGCAUUCAUUGUGUAGUACUGGCCUACAAAUAAAUGAUUCAAAUAUGAGAUUGAAAGGACAAAAAGGUCAUUUAGAUUGAAAUCAUGUGAGGUGCAAAUAGUUAAGUGAGGCAACUAUUCUAAGUAAAACCAAAUCAAAGAAUACACCUUUAAUUGUAGUUAACGUUUGUGAAUUAAGUUUUCUAUGAUUAUUGUAAAACUAACCUAGCCUUUUAGCUAUCUUGUGCUAAUGUGUUGCAAUACUGCAUUUAAUUGUGGUAAUCUUUCUUUAAGGCCAACGUAAUUUAAAUGUGUCACGUGAAGAGCGUUGGACCCAAGUGCAGCACACAGAAAAUGACAGAAAAUACUUUUGAUGUUCAUCAAUCCGGCAGAACAGCGCAGGGUAAGGCAAACAUCACAGAAGAAAACUGUCAAUUCGACAAUGGACAAGGAUCUGAAAGCAACGUAGCGAAAACUAGACGGUAUAUUCAUGCAGUGAAAACCUUUCAAAAUAAAACCGGAAACACAGAUUGUGACAAAUGUAUAUGUGAACAAGGCUAGUCAAUUAUCUGAAAUAAUUAGUAGAAUAUUUGGAGAUUAUAUUUUUCUUCUCAUUUAACUAACACAAGUUAAGCACUACAGGUUGCUUAUGUGAUUCCAGUUUUCUAAUUUAUGGUUUGGAUUUAUGGUUUUGCUGAUUUGUAUUAAAUGUCAUUGAAUCUG